UAUUGUAUAUAUUAUAGCUGUAAUAAUAGCCGUAUUCCCAAUAACUCUUUUUUCUUUAAUACCGAUAAUAACCUUAAUUUCAGUAAUAUACCCGACUUUCUACCAACACUCAACCAAAUUAAAGAACAACUUAUUACUCAAAUACAUAUCUUUAUC